UUUUCCUCCCUGAAGAGAAAAAGAAAGAUGAAGCAAUAAUAAACACACAAACACACACACGCACAUGCACGCCCUGCCAGCAGGAGUGGUGGAGCUUCCCUGACUGGCUGAGCUGGCUGUGCCACCGCCCGUUUUGUACCUGUUCAGUGUGGGAGACACCUGUCAGAGAGAAAGGACUUUCACUCCACACUGAGCACACAUUCCACUGGUUUGCCAGUAGAGGAAACUCGCACUGUGAGGGACAGCCUUUGACAAUGUCAGCAGAGGGGGACAGACAGUCUGUUUUUCGGACCACAAAGGUUCGAACAACAUUGAAGGGAGACAACAGCUGGAUAAAUCGGCGCUCUGAGCCAAAUCCAGAGCCGGAGGAGAAACCAUGGAUGGCAGAGGUUCGAGCCACACGUAUGAAUGGCGCCUCAACAGAGACCAGCCCUGUGACCUCUCCCACUUCUCCUACCCCACCCUCACCGGCUGCUUCUAGACCCAGACCAGCAUCUACAGGAUACCUGAUCAGAGGAGUUUUCACGAAGAUGGACACCAAUAAGCCGCCAUCGCCGUCUACAUCCAAUGGUGUCAGUGGUUCCCCCAGUGCCUUCACCCCUAAGAAGCCCAGUGACUCCUACAAGAGAAUAGCCCCUCACUCUGUCCGACCAGCAUCAGAAAGCUCUGCUCCGGCUGAGCCAACUCUGUCCCCUGAGGAAUUCGACAAACGGACCGAAGCAGCCAGCAGCAUUCUCAGAGGUUCAGCAACACGACAGCGCUCCUAUGUCCUCUCAGCAGCCAAGAAAUAUGAGACCACAGAAAAAUCAGAGAGCCCGCUGUCCCCCAGUUUCAAAGACACUCCAUCAUUCAUUGCUACAAGGGUGGUGAUUAAUGAUGAGGAUGACAGUGCCACUACUAAGGCUGCGAAGGAGGUCACACCUCAUGUCCCCACCGCACAGGACAAAGCCCCUGUUUCCACGCAACGGUCCAGCGGCCCUGCAGCAGACAUGCUGACAACCCUGUCGAACACGCUGACCUCUACCACCACCAGCACAUCCAGUCCAGUGAAAACACAGAAGACUCCGGAGCCAAAGCCCCCUGUCCAAAGCAGUCCUGUGGCUGAACCAACCCCAGAGCCCAGCAAAGACCUUGGGAAUGAUGACCUCCUCGCACUCACUGAGAGUCCUGAGGCCUUGGUGGAUCCUUUCCCCAGUAGUACAGACUCCCCGAGUCAGGACCUCCUCACUGGCUCAGACAGCCCAUUGGACCACAAGACGGAGGGCACAUUGGACGAGCUAGCUGAUGAUGUCAUCCCGAUCGACACUGGUGUAGACAGCCUCAGCUCGGAUCGAUCUUGGAGAGGUGCCAGUCAGUUACCCACAGAUGAAAAGCUGGCACGCACACCAAGCCCUGAAGCCCCAGUGGAUCCUCUCCCCAGUGGGACAGACUUCCUGAGUCAGGAUCUCCUUACUGGGCCUGAAAGUGAGGCAGAGCAGAAGACGACUUCGGAUGACCCGAGCAGCACGCAGUCUGUCACCACAUCAAUCACCAAAACCAGCUUGAUUGACACAUUUGAUCCCAUUCCAAAGACUAAGACUGAGACUCCCAAGAGCUCUUCAGAUCUUAUCUCCCUAUUGGAGUCGGACAAGCCCAAAACCACCGAGAUCAGCGCCAUGGACCUGCUGGACUCCUUUCCAGAGGAAACCACAAAGAGCUCCACAGAGCCUCUGUCUCCACUGAGUAAUGGAGAGGUGAAUGCCAGCUCCAAAUCCAGGGAGGAUAGUGUAUCAGACGAUGCUCUCGAUGCCCUUGCUGAUGAUGUCAUUCCCUUCAAUACAGAUGCUAAGAGCCUCAGUACUGAUGAGCUGUCUGAGAGCAAACUCAAGGAUACUCCCAGCACAGAACAGGGGCAUGAGGAGCCCGAGGAGGAAGAAGAAGAUGAUGCCGAAGAUGACCGGCAGACCAUCACAGUCACAUUUGAGAGGAAAUCCUCAGAAAACGACUCGCCCUGGGACAGGUGGACAACACCCACCAUAAACUUACAAGAAACUGAGACUGUGGAGGAGAGAGAAACAGAGACAAAGAGCACACCACCAUCUUCCAUUGAGAGCUAUGAAACUCACUCCAAGGCCUUGGAAAGUGCCAGCCAAGAGGUCAGCGCACCAGACUCACCAGAAUCCAAAAAGGGUUUUGUGUAUGUUAAGGAGUACAUCAACUCCACAGAGCUGGCCAAACACAACACAACUGUUGGCCAUGAUGGAGGAGCUGACUAUGUGUCCUCAAGCUCCACCAGCUACUCCUACAGCAGCCCUUCUUCCAUUUCCAGGGGAGCCUCGAGUAACUGCACAUACUGUGGCGAGCAUGUUGGGAGUGAGGGAAAAAUCACCAUUGAAGACCUAAACAUCUACUGUCACCCUGGCUGCUUCAAGUGUGGGGUGUGCAGCAGGCCCAUGGGAGACCUGCUGUACAACAUGUUCCUGCAUGGCGGAGUUGUCCACUGUGAAAGCUGCUACUCCAAUGUCCUCUAGCAUCUACAGCAAGGAAGAAAAUGCCACUGAUGGACAAGGAUAUGACUUUUACUACUCUCAAAGCUGAAAUUUAUUAUCCUUUAUUAUCCUAUACUACAUAUUCUGUAAUACAAUAUCAGCAUUUAUACUUGUCUGUGCCAUUAUAAUCUGAAACAGCUAUAAAAAUGUGAAUAUUACACUAGGAAUGGAGUCACUGUAGCAGGUAAUCUAUAGUCUGGAGUUCAGAAGAACUGAUGUCCAAGACCUGUGUUCCUGAAUAUGAUUGUAUUUCAAACCACAUUUUCCUAUAAAUGUUUUUUCUGAUCUGCAACAUUCCCUUUUACUACAUAUGUCAGCUUUAAAAAUAGUCUGCAUCUAAUAGGGUUAGUGGCACGCAAACAUAGUUUGUUAUUAUCAAAUGUUUGGAGCAAAACCAAAACUUUAUGAACCUAUGACAAAUUGUAAUUAUAUACUGAGAAGGAAAUGGUCUGUUUUGGUGUUUGGUCAAUGAAGAUGUCAUGAUUUUCAUAAUAUGAAAGCUGGAAUAUGAAUGCAAUAAUGAAACAGAGUACAAUUAUGAGCGAGGGACCACAUGCAAUACUUUGUUCUUUCCCUGUACUGCCAAAGAGCAAGGUUUGUGUUAAUAAACUAUUCUG